CGCGACAGAACCUAAGCCUGUCUAGAACUGGAUACUAGCUCCAAAUCCGAUUGCAUCCAACCUAGACUGUUCACACAACCCAUCCGAUAUCACCAAGCCCACCCCAACAACAAGCAGCCCACCUUAACUAUUAACAUCUUCUCCACGAACCCUUAACCAAGGACUACCUCACCUGAACCAUCACAAAAAAAUCAUGGCCAGAUCCUACGCCAACAUCCCCCCCUACACGCCGAUGAAAUCCCUGGGCCACGAACUCGGCAUCCUCUUCGGGUUCCUGGUGGCCUGCUUCGUCGUGAUGGCCGUGUACGUCCACUUCUGGAACGGUGAGUUUUCCCCAACCCCAACCUACCUCAAAAAUACUAACCAGAAGCCUCAGCCGCCGAACGCCGCGAAGCCCACCGCGACAAACUCCGCCACCAGAUGCUGGACACCCGGCGCGUGGACCCGCGCCUGCACGAGCAGCGCCUGCACCCGGACUACCGGCCCAUGGGCACCUCGACCACCAUCACGGCCGGGUCGACGACCGUCCUCGGCGGCGGGAGCAGUGUCGCGGGUGGCUAUGGUGGUGGUGGCGCAGGCGCAGGUGCAGGGACAUCUACCCCGAUGACGACGGUCACGGCCACGGCAUCUGGGACGCCGAGUGAGGGAUACGAUGGGAAAGGAG